UUGAAUCUUCACUGUACAAAAAAAGAAAGAUUAAAAAGAGUUCACCUUUAAACUUUGACCUGACCCCACUUUCGCAGAGGGACGGAGAAAAAAACAUGAAACGUGUAAAAAGCGAGGAUAUCCAGUCCGCUGUGCUGCAGUAUUUAAAGAAAAGACAAUAUUCGGACAGUGACACGACCUUUAAGAAGGAGCAGAAGUUGAGUCAGACGGUGUCGGAGAUGGCGGUGCAGGGCGCGGUCAUGUCCGAGUCUGGAGUCAGCACCUCAUUCACAUUCAGCAGCUGCGAUCCUGACCCGACACUAUAUGAAGACCAGUAUAGCGGACUCAAAGUACUCAUAGAUGAUGCUCCACAAGCUCACCAGUCAGAGUUGACAGUCCUGCUGUAUCCCAUGUUUGUACACCUACACUUGGAUUUGGUCUGCAACGGACACAGGGAUGCUGCUGAGGCGUUCUUCACCCGUCACCAUGGUAACUUCCUGGUAGACAACAUGGAGUGGUACGAGCUGAUCGAGGAGCUGGCAGGGGUCAUGUGUAAACAGGACCUCUUCACUAAACCCAAGGUCAAAGCCUUUAGAGAGACCAAGUAUGCCAUAAGUCUGUCAGACAAAGCCUUCCAAUAUCUGCUGAGGUACCUACAGAGUGAUGACAACCUCAUUUUACUGAGAUUGUUCAACACAUACUUACAUGUGAAUGUGAAGCCAACACAAAAUGGUGACCUUGACUUGUACAGCGACAAGAAGGGCGGGGCGCAGGAGGUUACCAUGGCAACCCCACCCCACACGCCCGACAAUAAGGUUCAGCCCGGCGACGUGACACAGGUGUCGCUACAGGAUUGUAUACGGCGGGUACGGGAGGGAACGCCAUAUCUGUCGUCGGUGUGUCUGUACACCUUCCACAACACAUUCCAAGGGUUAAACACAGCUGCAGUCUCUGACGACUCCAGGUUUGUGUGUGGAGGGUUUGACGACUCCACAGUGAAAGUUUGGAGCGGCUUGUCUCGGAAACUUAAGGCAGCUCAUCACACCGUCGACGUCUCAAGAAUUAACCUGGCGGGAGACGUACUGGACGACAAAGUCAGAGAAGACAGUGUUGGUCAGGAAGUGAAACACAUGCGGGGCCACAGUGGACCCGUCUACGGCACGUCUUUCCUUCCCAACAACACCUUCUUACUCACCAGCUCGGAGGACACUACGGUCCGCCUGUGGAACCUGUCAACCUUCACUAACGAUGUAAUAUACAAAGGGCACAGCUAUCCAGUAUGGGACAUUGACACCAGUCCGUUGGGUGCAUACUUCGUGAGCUGUUCCCAGGACAGAAGUGCGAGACUCUGGGCUUUAGACAGGACCUUUCCUCUCAGGAUAUUUGCUGGACACUCCCAAGAUGUGGAUUGUGUAAAAUUUCACCCCAACUGUAACUACAUUGCCACGGGUUCGUCUGACCGCACGGUUCGGCUCUGGAGUGUCCAGGACGGGAAGUUUGUCCGGAUCUUCCAUGGAAAAGAUGGACACAAAGGAACCAUAUUUUCCCUGGCAUUUUCUCCUGAUGGAAAACACUUAGCCUCUGCAGGUGAAGACAACUGUGUUCGUGUGUGGGACCUAACGUCAGGCGACAUGUUGAAGGAACUGCGUGCUCACACGGACAGUAUCUACAGCAUCAGCUACAGCCGGGACGGUACCAUGUUGGCAUCCGCAGGGGGGGACAGCAUCGUCAGGGUGUGGGACAUGAGACCAAACAUUCCAGACAAAGAAUCUGAUGGACAACCACCAGAGCUCUUACACAGCUACCCCACCAAAACCUCGUCUCUGCACAUGCUGAAGUUUGCCCCCUCGGAUUUACUGAUAGCUGCAGGCACAGCCAAGGGAGACUCCACUUAACUCCUGCAGAAGCAGAACUGUCUCCAGGACCCGUCCUUCCGUCCCUGGCAGGCUUUUAGCCAGGCAUGCGUCAUUGUGUCAUUUUGAUUCAUGGAAGGUGGAUGCCCCCGGACGCCCUACAAUAGUCUCGCCUGUAUCACUUACUGCAACUCACCUAGAAAUGUUGACCCCCUAAAUUAAAAUCCUAGCUAAAAGCCUGGUCUUUAUGACACAAAAUUGAUGAAAUGACAGAUUUAACAUUAUUGCAAAUUAACAAGAUGAGAUCCCAAACAAGGAGUG